GGACCAUAUUAGCUUGAGCUCAAUCGUUGGCAAAAUAAUGGACUGGUUAAUCUGGGACUCUAUCAAAGAAUUAGAAGCUAAAAAUACAAUUAAUGCCAGUUUAGCAUGUUUUUUUAUGGAAGGGAAGAAAAGCCAUCUUCUUUCUUGGGAACUAAAUGGAAAGAUACAGCAGAGACAGUGAUUAUUGGAGGUGGUUGCAUUGGUGUAAGUCUUGCUUACCACCUGGCCAAGGCUGGCAUGAAGGAUGUCAUUCUGCUCGAAAAAUCUGAACUGACGGCUGGAUCUACUUGGCAUGCAGCUGGGUUAACAACUUACUUUCAUCCUGGAAUAAAUCUGAAGAAAAUCCAUUACUACAGCAUCAAACUCUAUGAAAAAUUGGAGGAGGAAACUGGGCAGGCUGUGGGAUUUCAUCAGCCAGGCAGCAUCAGAAUUGCUUCCACCCCUACUAGAGUGGAUGAAUUCAAGUACCAAAUGACGCGAGCUGGUUGGCAUCCAACAGAGCAGUAUCUUAUUGGGCCUGAGAGAAUACAAGAGCUGUUUCCCAUAUUGAACAUGGAGAAGGUUUUAGCUGGCCUAUAUAACCCUGGAGAUGGUCAUAUUGAUCCCUAUUCUCUCACUAUGGCCUUGGCUGCAGGAGCCAGGAAAUAUGGUGCCCUGUUAAAUUACCCAGUCCAAGUGACAAACCUGAGCCCUAGAUCAGAUGGGACCUGGGAAGUUGAAACUCCACAUGGAAUAAUUAGAACAAACAGAAUUGUGAAUACAGCAGAUGUGAAACUGCAUUCCCAUAUCCCUGAAGGGGAGGAUUUUUACUGUUUGACUGGCUUCUGGGCUCGUGAAAUAGGCACAAUGAUUGGACUGCACCAUCCCCUCAUACCUGUUCAUCAUCAGUAUGUUGUCACAUCAACUAUCCCUGAAGUGAAAGCCCUGAAAAUGGAAUUGCCUGUGCUUCGUGACUUAGAAGGAUCAUAUUAUCUAAGACAGGAAAGGGAUGGGCUUUUAUUUGGUCCAUAUGAAAGUCAGGAGAAAAUGAAACUACAGGAGUCAUGGGUAAUAAAUGGAGUCCCACCAGGUUUUGGAAAGGAACUUUUUGAGUCUGAUUUAGACAGAAUAAUGGAUCAUAUUGAGGCUGCAAUGGCAAUGGUCCCAGUCCUGAAACAAGCAGACAUCAUUAACACAGUUUCUGGUCCUAUCACAUAUUCUCCAGACAUUCUUCCUAUGGUGGGACCGCAUCAGGGUGUCAGAAAUUACUGGGUAGCAAUUGGCUUUGGAUACGGCAUUAUCCAUGCUGGAGGUGUCGGAAAGUAUCUCAGUGAUUGGAUCCUAGGUGGGGAGCCUCCUUUUGACCUGAUAGAAUUAGAUCCCAAUCGUUAUGGAAAAUGGUCCACCACCCAAUAUACAGCAACAAAAGCAAGAGAGUCUUAUGGAUUUAACAACAUUGUUGGUUAUCCUAAAGAAGAAAGGUUUGCUGGGAGACCUACAGAGAGAGUCAGUGGGCUUUAUGAAGUGCUUAAAUCUAAAUGCUCAAUGGGUUUCCAUGCAGGAUGGGAGCAACCUCAUUGGUUCUACAAGCCUGGAGAUGAGAUUGGAUACAAACCCAGUUUUCGGCGCACAAACUGGUUUGAACCUGUGGGUCGUGAAUAUAAGCAGGUUAUGGAAAAAGUUGGUGUGAUUGACCUGACACCCUUUGGCAAGUUUAUUGUCAAAGGGAAUGAUUCGGUUAAACUGUUGGAUCACCUGUUUGCAAAUGUCAUUCCAAAGGUGGGUGCUACAAAUAUAAGUCACAUGUUAACACCGAGAGGCCAAGUCUAUGCUGAGCUAACCGUCUCUCACCUGUCUCCAGGGGAGUUUUUGCUGGUGACUGGUUCUGGGUCAGAGCUCCAUGAUCUGAGAUGGAUAGAAGAGGAGGCACUGAAGGGUGGAUACAAUGUUGAGAUUAAAAACAUUACAGAUGAGAUGGGAGUACUUGGCAUAGCAGGUCCAUUUGCACGAAAGGUUCUCCAGAAACUGACCAUUGAGGAUCUUAGUGAUUCUGCAUUUAAAUUUCUUCAGUCCAGACAUAUUAAACUUUCUGAUAUUGCUGCUACUGCUAUUAGGAUAUCCUAUUCAGGUGAACUGGGUUGGGAACUCUACCACAGAAAAGAAGAUUCUGCAGCUCUGUACAAUGUCAUCAUGGAAGCAGGCCAGGAAGAAGGAAUCGAUGACUUUGGAACUUAUGCUCUGAAUGCCUUAAGGCUGGAAAAAGCUUUCCGGGCCUGGGGAGCAGAGAUGAACUGUGACACUAAUCCUCUGGAAGCUGGACUGGACUAUUUUAUCAAGUUAAACAAGCCAGCAGACUUCAUAGGAAAGCAAGCACUGAAGCAGAUUAAAGAAAAGGGGCUUAAACGGCGACUGGUGUAUCUCACCUUGGAAACAGCUAACGUUGAUCCAGAGGGAAAUGAAAGUGUGUGGCAUAAUGGCAAAGUUGUUGGCAACACCACAUCUGGAAAUUACAGCUACAGUACCCAGAAGAGUCUGGCUUUUGCAUAUGUCCCCACAGAACUCAGCAAAGUUGGACAGAAGCUGGAAGUUGAACUGCUAGGAAAAAAUUAUUCAGCAACCAUUGUAGAGGAACCACUGGUUCUGACCGAACAAACAAGAACACGCCUUCAGAAAAAGGGUGGGCAGUUACAGUAAAUUCUCCAAUAUCAAUUGGUUUGACUUAUAACCAUGAAAUACAAGUUUCAGAGUGGUAGCCGAGUUAGUCUGUAUCAGCAAAAAGAACGAGGAGUACU